GAGUUUGCGUUCCAGGUCCGGCUGCCGCUGCGGCUGCUGCACUUCUAGCUUCCGAGGGAAGGAGGCCGAGGCCUGGGCCAAGCCCGGAGCCGCCGCUCGCCGGAGCCUCCUGGAGCCCCCGCGCCGGCUCAACCUGGGGGCGGGCUCAGGCCCGGCCCGCCGCCGAGCCCAGGACAGAGGCUGCAUGCCCGAGGACCAGGCCGGCACAGCUAUGGAGGAGGCGUCUCCCUAUUCCUUACUUGAUAUCUGCUUGAAUUUCCUGACUACGCACCUUGAGAAAUUCUGUUCAGCAAGACAAGAUGGAACAUUGUGUCUGCAAGAACCUGGAGUAUUUCCACAGGAGGUGGCUGAUCGACUGCUUCAGACCAUGGCUUUUCAUGGUCUACUGAAUGAUGGAACUGUAGGUAUUUUUAGGGGCAACCAGAUGCGCUUAAAGAGAGCUUGCAUUCGCAAAGCGAAGAUCUCUGCUGUUGCUUUCCGGAAAGCCUUCUGCCACCACAAAUUAGUGGAACUUGAUGCCACCGGUGUGAAUGCUGACAUCACGAUUACAGACAUCAUCAGUGGGCUUGGCAGUAACAAAUGGAUCCAGCAGAAUCUCCAGUGCCUAGUGCUGAACUCAUUAACUCUGUCCCUUGAAGAUCCUUAUGAACGGUGUUUCAGCCAGCUUUCUGGCCUUCGAGCAUUAAGCAUCACCAACGUUCUCUUUUACAAUGAAGACCUGGCUGAAGUUGCCUCAUUGCCAAGAUUAGAGAGCCUGGAUAUUUCUAACACCUCGAUCACAGACAUCACGGCUCUGCUGGCCUGCAAAGAUCGACUCAAAUCUCUAACCAUGCACCACUUGAAAUGUUUAAAAAUGACAACUACCCAGAUACUGGAUGUUGUUCGAGAACUGAAAUAUCUGAAUCAUCUUGAUAUUUCAGAUGAUAAACAGUUUACAUCAGACAUAGCUCUGCGCUUACUAGAACAAAAGGACAUCUUACCCAACCUCGUCUCCCUGGAUGUUUCUGGGAGAAAGCACGUGACAGAUAAAGCUGUUGAAGCCUUUAUACAACAACGGCCCAGCAUGCAAUUUGUAGGUUUGCUGGCCACUGAUGCUGGUUACUCUGAAUUCCUCACAGGCGAAGGACAUUUGAAGGUAUCUGGAGAAGCCAAUGAAACUCAGAUUGCAGAAGCAUUGAAGCGGUACAGUGAACGGGCAUUCUUUGUCCGGGAAGCUCUAUUUCACCUUUUUAGCCUGACUCAUGUGAUGGAAAAAACAAAGCCAGAAAUUUUAAAGCUUGUGGUUACUGGAAUGAGAAACCACCCUAUGAAUUUGCCAGUGCAACUUGCUGCAAGCGCCUGUGUAUUUAACUUAACCAAGCAAGAUCUUGCUGCAGGAAUGCCUGUCCGACUUCUGGCUGAUGUGACCCAUUUGCUGCUCAAAGCCAUGGAACAUUUUCCUAAUCACCAACAGUUACAGAAGAAUUGCCUCCUUUCACUUUGCAGUGACCGGAUCCUUCAAGAUGUUCCAUUUAACAGGUUUGAAGCAGCCAAGCUUGUCAUGCAAUGGCUCUGCAACCAUGAGGAUCAAAACAUGCAAAGGAUGGCAGUUGCUAUCAUUUCCAUCCUGGCUGCCAAGCUUUCUACAGAACAAACGGCGCAGCUUGGUGCUGAGCUCUUCAUUGUCAGGCAACUUCUUCAAAUAGUGAAGCAGAAAACCAAUCAAAAUUCAGUGGACACUACUUUGAAGUUUACUUUGAGUGCACUUUGGAACCUCACAGAUGAAUCUCCAACCACUUGCAGACACUUUAUUGAAAACCAAGGGUUAGAACUCUUCAUGAGGGUUCUAGAGUCUUUCCCAACUGAAUCAUCCAUUCAACAGAAAGUCCUAGGACUUUUGAACAAUAUAGCUGAAGUACAAGAAUUGCAUUCUGAAUUAAUGUGGAAGGAUUUUAUAGACCACAUCAGUAGCCUCCUACAUAGUGUUGAAGUGGAAGUCAGUUACUUUGCAGCAGGAAUUAUUGCCCAUUUAAUAUCUAGAGGUGAACAAGCGUGGACGUUGAGCCGUAGCCAGAGGAAUUCUCUCCUGGAUGAUCUGCAUUCAGCUAUUUUGAAAUGGCCAACUCCGGAGUGUGAGAUGGUAGCAUACAGGUCCUUUAAUCCAUUUUUCCCAUUACUUGGCUGUUUCACAACACCAGGAGUCCAGCUAUGGGCAGUUUGGGCCAUGCAACAUGUCUGCAGCAAGAAUCCCUCAAGGUAUUGCAGCAUGCUGAUUGAGGAAGGAGGAUUGCAGCAUUUAUACAACAUCAAAGAGCAUGAACAGACGGACCCCCAUGUCCAACAGAUAGCUGUGGCCAUUCUGGACAGCUUAGAAAAACACAUUGUACGCCAUGGGAGACCACCUCCCUGUAAAAAGCAGCCGCAGGCCAGACUAAAUUGAUAGCCAUAGGUAAUUGGAUAAUUGAAUCACAAGAAUCAUUUUUGUGGUAGGUUCAUUUGGAAUAUCUUAUCCUCUGUGAUGUUUUGGGGUUUCUAUGACAAGAGUCAUAGAUCAGUAUGGGAUAGAUGAUGUACAGUACUGCCCGUGUGAACAGUCUCUAAUUUGUCUUGUGAUUUUUAACAUAUGAGGCAAGAAGGGUCUCUUCCUUCAUCAUUGCCUUUUAGGAAAUUUUCCACAUCUUUCAGUGUUUGAACUUACCUGUGCUUGAAAUUCUACAGUUUUAUGAUAAAGUUUGCACGAACCCUUAGACAAGACUUUUCUGACCUUAAAGACCCUUCCAAUCAGUUUGCAGCUUCAGAUAAGCUGUUAACCUGAUUUCUGGCACUGCUUCAGUUGUAAAUUUUUUACUGCUUCUGUAUAAAAUGCCUUCAUUUCUCUGUCUGUGUACCUUUUAUAAGAUGUCCUUCUUAGUGUGAAAGAAUGGAAAUGUGAAUCCUCUCCUUCCGAAAGCUACUCAAUGGCUGGAGCCCGGAUGGCUGGCAGAAAAAUAUAUUAAAAAGAAAAACUAUUAAGGAAGAAGAGAAUUUAGGAACUGGGAAGAGGUCUGCUCUUAUGGUAUAGUUUUUAAACUGGGGCAAACUAUCCUUCUGGAGCCACCUCUCCUGAGGCAGUAGUUUGUUCUUCAUAUUUAUUCAUGGAGGCAUGAGCUGCUGCUUCCUACACAAACUGCUGGUUACUCUCUAGAAAUAGUUCCCCAAGCAUCACAGUGUAAAAUAUUACAGCAUUCUGUGUUAAACGUUAACUGUCUAAAUCUCUAUAUGCCACAUUGUUGUAAAAAUGUGAGUUUUUAAAGUGUCUCUUGUUAAAACUGGCCAUUCUUUUCCCUCUCUUUCAAAGUCAUUUUGUUCAGUGGAAUGGAGACUACACAUGGUAUUACCCGCUCAGUUAAAAUACAAUGAACAACAGUAAAUUUUGCCAUGAGAAGUUAAAUUUUCUUUUGUUUCAAAAUAUGUGUAUCCUAAUGUUUUCACGUUAGAGAAAGAUGUCCACAUCUCACUGCCAAAAAAAUGAACAAGAAGAAUUAGACUAUUGUUAAAUGUAGUGAUUCUAGUUGUAGUGCAUACAAGGAAAUAUUUUGUAGUGUAUAAAAGGGUUAUUUUUUAGACAAUUACCUUUCCUUUAAGAUACCUGUUACAGUAUAGCAAAGAAUCAGUUAUCAUUAUACCAAUAAUGGCAGUUGGGAGGCAGCAAGUCAUCGAGAAAUUUAAUUCCCAUUUAAAAUUUUAGUUUGUGAAUAAGGUUAAUCGCAAUCUCAGAUGACUGCCUUUUUUUUUUUAUAGAUGGCCAAAAUGUUUUCAAUUGAGUUUUUAAAUGGUGUGUUUAAAUUAUAGUGAUUAUUCAGAAGCAUUUUUAUUUAGAAAGAAGCCAGUUUGUUAGUAUGCUGAUAACAUUUUUGACAUAUACAUUUCAUACCACUAUUACAAUAACCAUACUUGAAUUAUUUGGUAUUCCUCCACAGGGAUGAAAAAUUAAACUAAAAAAAAAGUAAAUAUUUAGAACCAAAUUAAAUUGUGAGUUAACUCUGACUUAAUUGGUUUAAGAAAUUUUUAUAGGUACAGGAUAAAUUUUCAUAAAUUAAGUCUAUUUCAGAGGAAAUGGAAAAUUCUUUAAAAUUUUCCCCAUUUUCUGAAUUUUAAUAUCAAAGGCAAAAUGUAAAAAAUAAGACAGCCUACAGUAGCUUGGAAGUUGCUACUAGCUAUGUUGACCAUUUCCAAGUCUCCUAGCUUGUGUAGUUAAGAAAAAGCCUAUUUGGGAAGUUUAACUUCAAGUUUCUCCUGUAUCCUGUUUAAGAUAAAAGUGCGUGUUCCUUAUAGGCUAAUCUUAGACUUUUGUCUUUACUAAUUGUUUUCACAAAUGGCUAAAAAUAUACAGAAAACAAUAAAUCUUUUCAUUGCUCAGAAUACCUUGUUGAUAGAUGAAGACUCAAAAAUAUUUAAAUAUGCUAUAUUGAACACUGGUAAAGGCCAGAACCCUCUUGAGUCUUAAAAACAAAAUAAUUGGUCACAUCCCAAAUAUAUAAAAAUUGUAGUGCCUUUGUGGUUGGGAUGGUUCUUAAAAUUGUGUAUCUGAUUAAGGCACAGAAUUAUCUCGAAGGUCUUGAAUCUGGCUAAAAUAUAUUAGAUGUGUAUAUUGAAAUAAUAAAGCAUAACUGGCCUGUCUCUACGGUUAGAAUCUAUUGGGCCUCCCUUUUGCAUUUGUAUAAUAGAAUGUAACAGUACUUGGUGCCUUCAAGAGUUACCUCUUCAGUGGCUUAGAGGUACUGUUUCAAGCACAAUUUAGACAGGUCAAACCACUCAUUGCUCAAAUCAUAGGUGUGCUCAGAUAUUGUAAAAUAUCACUACAUCGGUCCACAAACAACAGCAAGGUUUAGAUCUAAGGGAAAUGGAAUUAGACUUUCUAGAGUAUAAGGAUGCUUAUUGGUAUCAUUGAG